UUAAAACGUUUCGGCCAAAGGAAGUGAACUUACUGUCAAUGCUUCGCCGGCUCUUAUUCUGUCCGAAAAUUGGAUCGCAACCCUGAACUACACCGCUUCAGAAGGCUCAGUACGAGUGGAAUGCUGAUGGCGUCGGUGGGAAAAAUAAAGAAGAGGAAACAUAGAAAAGAAAACAAGAAAAAGCAUUCGUUACAAAAUAUUUCGGCCUGUGCAAAGUUCGCGGCCAGAAGCGCAGCUGCAUAACGCGAAUACGAGUUCUUCUAUUCUUCCUUAAGAUACGAAAUCUAAUUACAAAUUCAGUUUCCUUUGCCGUUGUGACAUGCCUGAAGUCACCUCCGCGACCUUCAUAAGCGAAACCGCACUCGAGCGUGUGAAGAAGACCCCAGAGCGUUGCUAGAGAGAGAAAACAGCUUUGAAGUUUUCUUGUGAUUGAAACGGUUCGCUUGGCUUUCAAUGGCGAUUUUAUACCAAUAAAUUACUUAGCACAACUUCAAGUAUCCUGAUUUGGCAGUGACACCCAAGAAGGCGUAGAGAACACAGGGACCUAUACAAUACAAGUGCACCGAUCGAAAAUAAAGCAUUGAAGGAUAUGAAAUAUGAAGUUGGUAUUAAAAUUGUCAUGGGUUCGAAACGACAGUGAACGAGUCUUUCUUCGCGAUGAAAGCAAAAGGAGAUCAGAAACCGCAGAUGCGCUACGCCAUGCCGAUAUUUCUCAAGGUAAAAGGAACAAGCUCUGCAUGGUGGUCGCAGUGAGUUCAGGCGUGCGCAGUAGCGAUGGAACAGAACUCCAGAACAUGGCCCUCGACGAUAGAGCUCUCAGCAAGGAGAGCGAUAUAGCAUGGAGCAACAUCUUUGACUACCUCAAUACUGGCAGCGAAGAAAAGGGUCUCUCUGCCCUCGAGGUGACGAGGACGUAUGUGGCCAAGAGGAAGGCGUGGCUGCAAGCAAUCUCUCUCACCAACAUCACGUCUGAGAACCAAAGUCGAGAACUGGAGCGUGUAGAACACUCAUAUGAAGCGCUUACGGUUAUAUACGAAACCUCAACGAAUUACUCCGCCUUGAUGGAUCUCAAAACACGAUCUAUGAAACUUAGCGAACAAUUUAAUGACACUUAUGACUAUGAUAUCGGUGUGUACUCAAUACAAGAGACACAGAAAUACUUGGAAAAGUUAGAAACAAUUUAUGAAUCUGUUAAAUAUAUAAAUAUGUCUCUAUUCGCGCAAAAUCACAGAGGAACAAUGAUUAUUACCUGGAUUAAUAACUUCCCCUACAUAAACUGUAGUAUGAGCUUGCUGGAGAGCACGAGACAAAGUCUGUUUUACCAAAAAUCACUAAUGGAGAAACUGGAAACAACAAUCAUUUUUCGUGACUACAUAGAUCCUCCAUUGUAUAUAUUGAUUUUGUUAACAGGUCUUGUGUGGAACACAAUUCUGUUAUUCAUGUUUGCGCAGAAAAAGGAAAUUCGGACUGCCCCAAAUAUAAUGAUUUUCAAUAUCGUGAUGGCAGACAUUCUAAAUCUCACAUUCAAUUUACCACUGCAAUAUUUCGGCUUUUACUACCCAUCCUACGUGAGACUGAGUGAACCCGUGUGUGUGCUCUUCGUCUCUCUGAGGUGUAUGUUCACAUCGGCCAGCGCACUCUCUGUUGUAGCGCUGAGCGCUCAAAGGUUCUGCGCCACAUUACCAGCGUUCCACAGUUUGAAAGCAAGGAGCCGCCUAAGCUCACUCAUGAUUACCGUAACCUACAUCCUUCUGGUGUGGGCCGCAGCGUCAAGCAUCGUACUGCCGGACACACUGCGCGAGAAAGUCUGUGACGACAAUCCUGCCGAGAAGAGUGGUCGCAAGUCUGCCAAAGUGGUCUCUCUUCACGAGUUCCUUGUAUACUGUUUCGCGCUGCCCGGUAUAAUGUUCGUGUUCACUCUGCUAACGGCAAGAAGACUGAAGCGGAGCGCCAAGGAUAUCCCGGGCGAUGCAAGACACAAGGCACCAGAAGCCCCUGCGUCAUGGACAGGAACACGUCACGCAACUACAGAGGGCUCCAUUUGUGCUCAGAGAAACGAGCUAACGAGAUUGCUGUUGGGAGAAGAUGACUGUCUCUUUCUCAACGUCUUCACACCCAAGUUACCCGAUGACAACGAAGACUCUUUAAAGCCCGUGAUGGUGUUUAUUCAUGGAGGUGCCUUUUAUUUCGGGUCUUCAAGCAGUAGAACUUAUGGUGCCGACUAUCUGGUGGAGCAAGGUGUUGUGCUGGUUACCAUCAACUACCGCCUGGGAGCACAAGGGUUCUUGAGCUUAGAGAAUGAAGAGGUCCCCGGGAACGCGGGCCUGAAGGACCAAGUGAUGGCUCUGCGUUGGGUUCAGCAGAACAUUGUGCAGUUUGGAGGCGAUCCUGGUAACGUCACCUUAUUUGGGCAGAGCGCUGGAGGCGUGAGCGUUCAAUAUCACAUGCUUUCUCCUAUGUCUAAAGGGCUAUUCCAUCGUGCAAUUGCAGAGAGCGGCUCCGUUCUAAAUUUCUGGGCAUUUACGAACUCUUCUAGACGCAUGGCAUUCAGAUUGGGUGAGAAGCUCGGUAUCAGAACCGACGACCCCCAGGAACUGUUGAAUCAUCUGAGGAGCGUGGACACUUUGGUUCUGACGAAGGUUUCCCACGAAGUGCUCACGCCUGAGGAGAAGCCCAUGUCGAUCGGGUUUCCGUUCCUGCCCACUACUGACACAGCUUCCGGUGGAGAAGUGUUCCUGCCAGCUCCCCCGCGCGAGCUCCUGGAUUCGGGAACACUCAGCACCGUGCCAAUGAUUGCAGGAGUCACUUCUCACGAAGGAAUAUUGGCUCUCAACGUCUUGAAAGAACACCCAGAGUCCCUGGAUAUAUUGGACAAGGAAUUUGAACGCGCUAUUCCUGAAGACUUCCCGGUGGUUAGAAAUACAAAUAAAUCACAAGAAAUUUCUCAUAAGAUCAGGAAGUUUUAUUUCGGGAAUAAACGCGUGUCUGAAGAGACUCUUUUACAGUUUGUGAAUAUGAUUACAGAUGUGUGGUUCAUCAAGGAUAUAAACAUGGCUGUCAAGAAGAUUGCAGCGAUAUCUACCUCGCCUGUGUACUAUUAUGAAUUCUCGUUUGACGGACCGUUUGGAAUAAUUAAGAGAAUUUGGGGCGCCGAAAAUUUACCAGGGGCUGCGCACGCAGACGAACUGGGGUACCUGUUUCACAUGCUGCUCACGAGUCGCAUCGUCCUGAAACCCGAACACCCUGCCGUAGUAACUCAGUCCAGAAUGGUCAAACUGUGGACAAAUUUUGCCAAGAGUGGAAACCCGACGCCUGAAGAGGACCCACUUCUGAACGUGACGUGGCCAUCUUACACCACUGAGGACCCGACAUACCUCAACAUCGACCGGGAACUGAGCUUACGGAACAACUUGAAUAAAGAGAGACUGCAGUUCUGGGAAGAUCUGUAUAAAUCUGUACUCUUGAUUGUAGUCUCACACAGACUUCUGCAACGGAAGGUUUUCGACCUUAGCGAUAUCUCUGUUGCCUCUGGUAGAAGUGGACCGUAUCAAAACUUGUGCCGCGUACUGUCACGAAGUCUGCUUACACGUUUCAGCGACAUGAAGUGCUGUGUAGCUGCGGUCUUCUCGGUCCUGCUGGCCAGGGCCUUCGCUGCUCCUUCCGACAUGGUGGUCCAGAUACAAGAGGGAUCCUUGAGAGGCACAACCCUAAUUUCGCCACGCAGCAACAGAACCUUCUUCGCCUUCAUGGGAAUCCCCUACGCUAAGCCGCCUGUACAGAACCUCAGAUUCAUGGCCCCGCAACCCCCAGAAUCCUGGAGCGGCAUCCGUGACGCCGUGGCUGAGGGAUCAGUGUGCCCACAGAAGAACCCAUACACAUAUGUAUAUGAGGGAGAUGAAGACUGUCUCUUCCUAAACGUCUUCACAACGCAGCUCGCAUCCAAACUUGGACAGUCCCUCAAAGCUGUGAUGGUUUGGAUCCAUGGUGGAGGGUGGCAUUUCAGUUCCGGGAACAGGGACGUCAAUGGGCCCGAUUACUUCAUGGACGAGGAUACAGUGGUCGUUACCAUGAACUAUCGCCUGGGAGCCUUAGGAUUUCUAAGUCUUCCAACUGCAAACAUUCCCGGUAACAACGGCCUGAAGGACCAAGUCAUGGCUCUGCGUUGGGUGCAGCAGAACAUUGCGCGGUUUGGAGGUGAUCCUGACAACGUCACCAUCUUCGGGGCCAGUGCUGGAGGGGCCAGCGUGCAUUAUCACAUGUUGUCUCCCAUGUCACAAGGAUUAUUCCAUCGUGCCAUCUCUCAAAGUGGAACAGCUCUCAACGCAUGGGCCUUCAAUGAACCAGGGACGAACCACAAUUACUCCUACGGUUUGGCAGAGUUAUUAGGCCACAAUUACUCUGACUGUAACGAGCUGAUUGAGCUCCUUCGAACAGAAACACCAGAAAGAAUUGUGAACCUUACGUUUACAUUGGGAGAACAGGGCCAAGGGAUCCCCUUCCAUCCCACAGCGGACUCAAGUGAAUACGGCGGAGAGAUAUUCCUGCCGGACACUCCACAGAGGCUGAUUGCAGCAGGCAGAUUAAACAGAGUACCUUACAUCGCUGGAAUUAAUUCUCGAGAAGGCAUAUGGGAGGUGUCAGGAAUAAAGAAAGCUCUGGCAGAAAACUCCGUGCAACUGGAAGAUAUACCAAGGGAAUUGGGAAUUGAAAUGGAUGGGACAAAAACUACUGAAGUAGCUGCAGAGAUUCGAAGGCUUUACUUCGGGGACAAACCCGCCUCAGAAUCAAGUGUGGCUCAGCACAUUGAACUUUCUGGUGACUUAUUCAUAGUAGCUGGAGUUUACAUCGCUGCGCGAAAACUUUCGCUUUUAUCUGCAACACCUGUUUACUUCUAUGAAUUUUCGUACAGCGGUGGAAUGUCCAUAUUUAAGAGCCUUGUUGGAGGAGACGAAAUUUCAGGGUCCUGCCAUCUGGAUGACACAGCAUAUUUGUUCCGUUUCGCAAGACUUAAUAGGACGUUCGGCCCAGAAACUUCGGAAUGGAAGACAUCACGAAGGAUCGUGAGGUUAUGGACCAAUUUCGCCAAGACCGGGAACCCAACCCCAGAAGCGGACCCACUCCUGCAGAAUGUCGUAUGGCAGCCGGUCACUGGCUCCGACUUCUGCUACCUGAGCAUCGGCACUGACCUGGCGCUACAACACAAUUUCAACAAGGACCGCAUGGACUUCUGGGAAGCCGUGCUCCAGUAUAGCAGUAACGGCUCCUAAGUUUCACUUCGUCAAUUUAGGCGAUGGGUUCAAACGAGUCUGCAGAUCCUGAUUCCAACACACAGCCAGCCCACACUACUGCUUCAUUAAGUUGUCGUUUUGAAGAACCUACCUCAGGCUGUCUCCGGCUUCACAACGGAGCGACCCUUCUUUCGAUGCCUGGUCACGUCGUGUGGCAAUUCUGGUGGAUAACGUGACACUGGGGCAGGUUAUUUCCAAGUACUUCGGUUUCCCCUGUCAAUUCUCAUUCCACCAACUGUUCCACAUUCAUUAAUCAUCCUAUUAUCGACUCCAUGUAGUCCGGACACCGACAGCGCCGUUAAGUAACAAACUUUGGGAAUUGUGCUGAUAUAUUCACAUGUAAUUCUGAAAUACAGCCUGUUACUAUUUCGAUUUUGAUAGCCCCACAAAUACAGUAUCCGCCAAAAGA